AUGUUUCGCAAAGUGGUCCGGCAGAGCAAAUUCCGACAUGUGUUUGGGCAGCCUGUCAAGAAUGACCAGUGCUAUGAGGACAUCCGAGUAUCCCGUGUCACCUGGGACAGCACCUUCUGCGCCGUCAACCCCAAGUUCCUGGCAGUGAUUGUGGAGGCUAGUGGGGGAGGUGCCUUCCUGGUGCUCCCCCUAAGCAAGACCGGUCGCAUUGACAAGGCCUACCCGACAGUGUGUGGACACACAGGACCUGUCCUGGACAUCGACUGGUGCCCCCACAAUGACGAAGUUAUCGCCAGCGGCUCGGAGGAUUGCACGGUCAUGGUGUGGCAGAUCCCGGAGAACGGGCUGGUCUCCCCGCUGACAGAGCCGGUGGUGGUGCUGGAGGGGCACACCAAGAGAGUGGGCAUCGUCACCUGGCACCCAACUGCCCGAAACGUGCUGCUAAGCGCAGGCUGCGACAACAUGGUGCUCAUCUGGAACGUGGGCACGGCGGAGGAGCUGUACCGCCUGGACAGCCUGCACCCCGACCUCAUCUACAACGUCAGCUGGAACCGCAACGGCAGCCUCUUCUGCACCGCCUGCAAGGACAAGAGCGUGCGCGUCAUCGACCCCCGCCGGGGGACCCUGGUGGCGGAGCGGGAGAAGGCUCACGAGGGAGCCCGGCCCAUGCGGGCCAUCUUCCUGGCCGACGGCAAGGUGUUCACCACGGGCUUCAGCCGCAUGAGCGAGCGGCAGCUGGCACUCUGGGACCCAGAAAACUUCGGGGAGCCCAUGGCCCUGCAAGAGUUGGACUCUAGCAACGGAGCUCUGUUACCCUUCUACGACCCUGAUACCAACGUGGUCUACGUCUGCGGCAAGGGCGACUCCAGCAUCCGGUACUUUGAGAUCACGGACGAGCCCCCCUACCUCCACUUCCUGAAUACGUUCACCAGCAAAGAGCCCCAGAGGGGCCUGGGGAGCAUGCCCAAGAGGGGCCUGGAGGUCAGCAAGUGCGAGAUUGCCCGGUUCUACAAACUGCACGAGCGCAAGUGUGAGCCCAUCGUCAUGACUGUGCCAAGAAAGUCGGACCUCUUUCAGGAUGAUCUGUAUCCAGACACGGCCGGGCCCGAGGCAGCCCUGGAGGCAGAGGAGUGGGUGAGCGGGCGGGACGCCAGCCCCAUCCUCAUCUCCCUGCGGGAGGCCUACGUGCCCAGUAAGCAGCGGGACCUGAAGGUCAACCGGCGCAACGUGUUGUCGGACAGCCGGCCCGCCGCGGCCCCUGGUACCCCCCGCCCGGGGCCCUCUGCGCCUGCGGCCUCCACCAACAUUGCCACGCUCAGCGGCAGCCUCGCCAGAGCUGGGGAGGCUGGGAAGCUGGAGGAGGUGAUGCAGGAGCUGCAGACACUGAGAGCGCUGGUCCAGGAGCAGGGCGUGCGCAUCGGCCGCCUGGAGGAGCAGCUCGGCCGCAUAGAGAAUGGAGAUGCCUAG